UGACAUAUGCAUUUUUUUUGUUUUGUUUUGUUUUUGAAAUGCAAAUGCAUAAUGAUGCAUGAUUUUGAAAUGCGUGACAACGUGCGGCUUUUGAGAUGCAUGACAAUGCAGAUGAUCUUGAAAUGGGCGACAACGUGCGGCUUUUGGAAUGCACGUGAACUUGAAUAUGCGACGACGCGAGUCGCUUGAAAUACAUGUAUAAUGCAACUUAUCAAAAGUUGUUCGGGCACGACAAACACCGAAGGACUUACACCUUUAGAGGAUUUAAGGUCUCCUAGACUGAGCGUAUUUAAGGUCUCGCCAGACCGUUAAUAUGCAUAACAAUGCAAGCAUAAUGAUAUAUAACUCAACACGCGUUCAUACUAAAGAGUUGUAAAGCAAUGCAUGCGAGGCAACUUUCGAAUCUUUAAAGAGACAAAAUGAUACAAAAAGGAUACACCUUGCACAUAUUCGAGUGCCACGCACAGAAGGCACGGUCCGAGGUCAAAACAGGGGCCGGUCGAGCUUCGGAAAUGCACUUUUCUUGCACUUCCUCGGGCAAUGAAGGCCCCAAACUACACAUAUGACCCGAACAAGAUUGUAGGAGGCUCACCAGCCAUCCACCGGCCACAAAAAAACAUCACCGGCCAAACAUUUGGCCGGCCGGCCAAAGAUUUAGCUGACCGGCCAAAAAUGCCUGAUUCGGGGCAGUUUUGUCUUUUUGCCUUGGGUCUUUUAAAAUAGGGUUUCAAACCCUAUUUCUUUCAUUUUCCUUGGCUGAAAAUAGUUACUCUCUCCCUCUAGAGCAUUUUCCCCUCUUCCAUUCUCCGUUUUCCUUGAUUCUCGUGCCCUUUUCGACGCUUGAUUCACGAAGUUCAUCGCGUUUCGAACACUUUCAUCCGGUCGAAACUUCGUUUCGAUGUCUCCUUUUCGAUUUCCGCCUCUUGGGGUUUGUUUCCCCCAAGUUUUUCUUGAUUUCCGUGCCUUUUCUGCACCCCAACCUUUCCAGCCAUUUUUCACCCUCCCAGGUUGACUUUUCAGUUGACUUUUCAUAUUCUUGCCUGAUUUUCACUCUUUCGGCCAUUUUCGCACCACUUUUGACAUGGCGGAUGAUAUUCCACGGGGCGGGACUCCCCCGGAUCACGAGAUGGACCCAAAGGCCGAGCUCCUCCCCUUGAGCGUCCGUCCGUUCGACCUGGUGACCUACUGGCCGGCGAUUCAUGUGCUUCCUCCUGACGGGCUUCGCCAGUUUCGGAGUUUUGACAGGAGGGUGCCACCAGAGCUGCUUCUGUGUGAGCCGGAGUCACAUUUAUCACAUGGCGCUUCCAAGGGAGAUUCCCAUACUGUCCGCGGGUAUAGGAAUGUUACCGCCAGGGAUUGGUACAUGGAGUUACUGGACGCAGUCCGUCGCAUUGUUGACCAGGCCGGAUUUGGCACAUUCUGCAGGGGACUCUCGCGCCUUACUGCGAGCAGGCCUCUCCUUGCUGCUUUAGUGGAGAGGUAGUGGGACACCACCAAUUCUUUUCACUUCUCCGUCGCGGGAGACAUGACGAUGACUCCCUAUGAUUUCUCGAUGCUCACUGGCAUCGGAGUGGGGGGUGAUCCGAUCCCCUUCGACACCGACAUGGAUGAGUGGGAGGCUACUCAGGUCUACCUGCUCGGUGAGGUGCCGCCUCUCGCACGUCCCGGCUUCGUUCGAUAUUCAUGGUUCGAGGUCCAGUUUAGAGUCCAGCCAGCCUUAGUCGAGGAGGCUCCAAUGACUCAGGAGGCGGUGGAGCGAUAUGCGCGCGGCUUUCUCAUGUUCCUGCUAGGGACGAUUAUUUUUGCCGACCGGGCAAACAUUGUGCCCCUUUGCCUGCUCAGCGCUCUCGUGGACGUCACCCGGAUCUUGCGCUAUGACUGGGAUGGCGCUGCCUUGGCCACUUUGUACGGGUACAUGAGCUCAGCCUCCUGUUGCAGCGGACAGCUGCUCGGGGGCUACUGGCGAGCUUGGGAGUUGUGGGUCUACGCCUACUUUCCGAGGCUCUCCCCAGUGCCAGAUGUAGAGACCCCUCUCGUCGUCCCAUUUUGGCGUCGGUUUGAGGUGAGGUGCGUGCGGAGGCCCCGGGAGACAUUCAUCUUUUUUCGCCGCUACUUUGACACUAUUACCCCCGCAGAGAUCACCUGGCAGCCUUGGGCUCCACUGCCAGCCGUGACUCGGGAUCGGUUUGCCGGUGCAGAGGAGACUGCACGUUUCUGGAUUUUGCUGGAGGGCCCGGUCUGUCGGGCUUGGUACUUGGGUGAGCGUUUCCUAUGCCAGACCCUGGACUUGCUAGAGUAGAUAGUUCCGGGUCCAUCUUCUACCCACAUGAGGGACACCGAGAGGUUCACCGCCGAGGAGAUGGCUGAUUACACGAUCGGCUGGGACGCGGAGGGCUUUAGGGGCGAGGGCGACUAUUCAGAGUAUGUUCGGACGUACAUUAUGCAGCUUCUGAGCGGUGGCUGCCGAGCUGAGAGAGGGGGACCUGCGGCGCCAGUAGCUGGAGUAGGAGCGGGGGCAGGGACGUCGAGGACAGCUUGUGUCCGUGGCAGGAGCGGAGCUCGGAGGGGUCGGGGGGUUAGCUGGCCAGCG